AAUUUACGUUGUGAUGUCCUUUUGUUCCGCCUGUCUUAUGAUCUCUGCAGACUGCACAUGGAUACAUGAAUUAGAUAUAUAUACAUAGAGAGGAAAUACGCCUGUUUAUGUGCAUACAUUACAUAUAUAUAUAUAUAUUAGUUUGUAUACUUGUCUUGCUUGCUUUGGUCCGUGACUUGAACAUGUUCGUCAAAAUGUCUCAACGAAGAACUGGUUAUUCGGCCGUGAAUUCGCGGAAAAAUUGAAUUAGAAUUAGAAUUUGAAUCUCUGCGUCAUGUUUCGCCGUUGGCUUGCGGUGGGAUUUCCUCACUCACGAAGACUGUUUAGCAGCAAAACCGGCCAUGAUCUAGGGGGCGCCAUUGCCGAGCUCAACAAGGAAAUAGAAUCAGUGUUUGGUGGACCUCUUUCCAAUGGAUUUUCUGGCUCUGCAAAUGAAGACGCUGUGGGAAAAACUCAGUUUGAUGAGUCCAACAGUAAGGAUUUUGUCAUGAAUCAAGAACCUCGCCUUACUCACGUUGGCAGCACAGGGGAAGCUCAAAUGGUGGAUGUCUCUCCCAAAGAAAGUAGCAAGAGAAACGCCAUUGCUAGUUGCAAGGUUCUUCUGGGACAACAAGUGUUUGAUUUGGUUUUAUCCAACCAGUUGGCGAAGGGAGAUGUCCUUGGAGUGGCUAAAAUUGCUGGCAUUAGCGGAGCUAAGCACACUAGUAGCCUCAUCCCUUUAUGUCACAACAUUGUUCUAACUCAUGUUCGAGUUGAUUUGAGGUUGAAUGCUGAGGACUUUAGCGUCGAAAUAGAAGGUGAAGCUGCAUGCACGGGUAAGACAGGGGUUGAGAUGGAAGCUUUGACUGCUGUAACUGUUGCUGGUUUAACAGUGUACGAUAUGUGCAAAGCUGCAUCGAAAGAUAUACGAAUUACAGAUGUUCGACUUGAGCAUAAAAGUGGUGGGAAAAGUGGUGAUUGGUUCAGGAAGAAAUAAACAUUGCUAAACACGAAUUAAUUUCGAGUUAUUAGAAUUUCUUUGUGGAGUAGUUGGAGAAUUAGGAAUGUGGAAGCAUCAUGUUUCAAAGGCAUGUUCGUAGCAUGGAGGAACCAAAACCAAUUGUUGCCGUAUGUUAUGAGGUUAGUGCUUUAUUAAACAGCAGCAUGUCUUUAUCAAGAUGAAAGUACUCCAAUUUUUUCUUUCAUAUAAAAGAGCUCUUUUGGUUGUGGGUGUUUAUGAAUAUAUGGGAUUAGUGGAAGCAAAUGUCAAGAUCAAUGCUUUGAAUCACUUUCCAUCUAAUGGAUGUCUUAGAUUAAGAUAUCUUUACAAUAUAAGACUCUUUGAAUCCAAAUCUU